GCUUUCGCCAUGUAUCACUAUAUCUACAGAACUCCUUCAGCAGAUCUUUUUCUUUCUAUCUGCCUCUACUCGUGACCUUCUUGCUAGCAACUUGGCUCCGGCUGUGCCCACAAAAUAAAAUCCCUUCCCUUUUCUUGUUUUAUUCAUUUUUAUUCUCUUUAUAUCCUAAAUUUAUGACUGUUUCUGGGCUAACAGUUUUUUCUUCACUUAUUGGUUAGCUUUCCUUUCUUUUACAAUCUUUUCCUUAACUAACUCUCAUGCUAGCUCCCGAUUCUGGGUUUUUCAUGGGGUUUUAGGAACCCCUUGUUUUUUUGUCUGAGAAUAAGAAAAGCUUAAGUCUUUUAUUACUUUCUUCUUUUCCUUUUCUUUUUCUUUCAUAUGGGUUUUUAAGAAUGGGGUUUGAUUUUAAAAAGGGGUUUCCUUUUGUUUUAAUAUGGUGCUAGGUUCUUCCUCUUUUGUAAAAUAUUCUUGGCCUUUUCUUAAGCUACAGAAAUAAUUGAUACUUUUUCUCGUUCGUCGUACUUUUUAGGGUUUUAGGGUUUUUGUUACUUCACAAGUACAUCAUCAAAAAGGUGGAAUCUUUUAGCUUUUUUUAGCAGUUCUACUACUUCUACCCGGGUUCCUCCAAAUUCCAGGUUUUUCCUUGAAUUCCCUAGUUACUAGUACUAAUCUUUUUUUUCAGUCUUUGGAAUUCUCAGUUUUACUUUAUUUAAUGAUCUUGUAUUUGUUGGAUUGAAAUCCCACUUGAAUUCAAGGCUACAGACCUGAAAUUCUCAAUAAAGUUUUAAUCUUUUUUGUUAUUCUUCUUGUUAUUGUCGCCUUUAAAAUGUCUUCUCCAUGUAUAAGUGGAGGUGGUAGAACCUAUGGAUUUGAUUUAGAAAUAGUCAAAUCCUCAUCUACUUCCUCAACAAGAACAUCACACACAUCUUCACCAUCUUCAACUAUCUCUGAAUCUAGCAAUUCCCCGUUAGCAAUCUCAACAAGAAAAUCAAGAACUCCUCGCAAAAGGCCUAAUCAAACUUACAAUGAAGCAGCUGCUCUUCUUUCCACUGCCUAUCCAAACCUUUUCUCCACCAAGCACCUCACAAAAUCUAGCAAAUUCACCAAACCCCAGGACAACAGUCUCCUCCUUGACCAAUCCUCUGACUUGUUAUUGCCUUUUCGCGUCUUCGACAACUCUGGAUUCCUAAUUCACCAACCAAUCCAAGGAAAACCCAGUUAUGGAAAUGAGUCGAGACUUGCGAAUUUCACAGAUAAGUCCUCUUGCCAGAGCAGCGGGGAAGUUGAUUUCCACGGGAAUUCAGCGGAAAUGUGUGAUGGACUCGAUGAGGAUUUCGACGCGGAAUCCAUUCUUGAUGAGGAAUUUGAGGAGGGUAUUGAUAGUAUUAUGGGGCAUUUAAGUGCAGGCAAUGAAAUGUUUGAAGAGGUGCCUAAUGGCAUUAGUUCUAGUUUUGGUGGUCAAAUGAAUUCUUGGUAUGGGAAUUCAAUGGGAUAUAAUUUUGGCGGGAAAUCACAAUAUGUUCAUGGAAUUGCAAUGGGUGUUAGAGCUUUGAGGCAUGUUGAUGAAGGAAAUUGGUGGGAUUUUCCGAUUGUUGAUAUGUUACAAAUCUCUCCAAGACUCACCACCACCGUGACCGCCACCGCAAAUGCCAAUAGCAACAAUGGUCCAGAAUGCAAUUCAAUUCCAAAGCCAAAGCCAAAACCAAAGUUGAAAAUGAAAACCAGUUCGAGCAGCGAAAAGAAGAAAAAGAAAGUGGAGAAAGUAGAGAAACCAGCUGUGAUGGAAGAUAAGAAUGUGGAGUUGAAAGACGAAAAUCCAGUCAAGGUGGAUUCUAUUCCACAAUCCAGUCGAGGGUUGAUAUUGAAAUUGAAUUACGAUCAUGUCAUGAGCGAGUGGUCCGGCCGUGGAUCGCCAUUUUCCGACGAAAGUAUUGGAUGUGCCGAAGGAAAUGAUGUCUCUGCCUGGCUGGCACAGAUUGAUUUAUUCUCAGAGAAUGGAAUGAGGGAAGCUAGCGUCUUGCGCUACAAAGAAAAGCGGCGUACACGCCUUUUCUCGAAGAAGAUCAGAUACCAGGUCAGAAAAGUCAACGCUGAUCAACGGCCCAGAAUGAAGGGAAGAUUUGUGAGAAGGCCGAAUCCAAGAAGUGAUGAGCAAGAGAAGAAGAAGAAGCUGUGAACAUCAUCAUCAUCAUCACUACUCUGAUGAUGGUAUCUUGUGUGUUGCAUUAUUUACAUGCUUUCUUUUCAUCUUCUACGCUAAAACCCGAGGAGAUGGAGGCUGGUUAAGGAGAGGAGGAUAUAGAAGUAUGGCCGACGAGUGUUUUUACCCUGGGCUCUAUAUUUUCUCUUUGUUUUCUAGUUUUUGGAAAGAUGCUGCUUGAGUUUUUUUUCUUCUUUGGGUUCAAGAAAGUUAUCGAUAGCGUUAUUUAGCAGCUAAGAGGCUCUUGAUGGUUCAAUAUUAAUACAAAGUACAAAUUAACUCGCUCUUUUCUUUUU